AUGAGUGAUGAAGAAUCAGAAGAUGAAAACAGAUCCAAAUUCAAGUUAUCUAAGACUCAUCAAUUAAUAAAUCAACUUGAACACAAACUUUAAAUUCUUGACUAAAACAAUGCGCCUCAUCUCUAUCCUAUUUCUAGAGAUUCAUAUCUUAAAAGUAAAUAAGAAUUGGAAAGAGAAUUAUAAUAAUUUGAAUAAAGAAUGAGAAAACUUAAUCAAACAGAAAACUCCUAAUUACACUCAUCAUAAGCAAAAUCCGUCUCAAAGCAAUCACCAUAGAAGUUGAAUUUAUCAAAUCCUAUUUUACAAUUAUUAACACAAAAAUUAGAAAAUUAUGAUGAGGAUAAAAAUACUAUGUUAACAUCAAAAUUAGAUCAUCUUCAUAGAGAAUAAUAAAUAUUAGAUUAAGAGCAAAUCAAUUUGUUAAGAGAAUAAUAAUAGGCGAAAUUUGAAUUGGAAUCAUUAUUAAGAACUUUAGAGAUUGAAGAAUAGCGAAAAUUGAAUGAACAAAAGAUAUUAAUUCUUAAAGAAUAAGAAGAAAAAUUAUUUGAUAUUCAGGAACAAAGUGAAAAGCUAAUAUAGGAGGAGGAAGAAAAAAAGACUAACUUUUUAUUAGAAUUGUAAUAAUUAUCUUUUGAAAAAAAUUAAUUACAAGCUUAAUUAUAAGUAUUUAUUCAAAUGAUAUGUAUUUUAGAAUUUUUCAAGAGAAUAAGACAUGUUAAUUAGUAAUAGAGAUGAAAUUUCUAAUUAAUUAAAUACAUUGAUGUAAUUGCAUAAUCAAAUUCUUUAAAAUGAUUUAAAAAAGAAAAUAGUUCAUCUAGAAGAAGAACCUGAUGCUUCUCCUCUGCAGAAUCUUUAUUAGAUGAAUUAAUAAAUUCAAGAAUCAAUGAAUCAAUAGCUAUCUUUAAUCAGACAAGAAUUGAAUGAACAAAAAUAAAUUAAUUUAGAUCUCUUACAGGUUUUGAACGGAGAAUAGCUACAAACACAAAGAAAAAUGGUUUCAACAGAGAUGCAAUAAUAGAUAGAAUAACAAUAAUAAUUGUAAUAAUAAUCAAAUUCUUAAAUUCAAUUCCAAAACUACACUUGCCAAAAUCUAAAUGAAAAUUUGGAAAGCGAGGAAAGCAACAUUCUGAUCCAAAAAUAUAAUAAUUAAAAUGCUAACCUAUAAAUAUAAAAAGAUUUUAAUUAACUUUUUGAAAAGCAUAAGAAAUAGUAUUUAUUAAAUAAUAUCUUAGAUUAUUUAAACCAAAAUAAAAACUAUAUUUGAAAUAAACUAAGGCAACGGCAGAAAAAAGGAAAAGGUCCAUAGAUGCCGCAUAAUCUAAAUCAAAAUCUAAGUCAAAAGAGAAGGAGAAUUUUAUAUUGAAAGAUAAAGAAAAAAAGAAAACUCCCAUAUCAUUUGAGGAAACAUACAAAAGACACAUCCAAGAUCAAUUAAAAAAACUUAAUUUUAUUGUAGAAAAAUCUUUAAAUUAUAAGUGA